GUGGAGGGAUCGUGACUGCAGCUUCCACGCGGAUGACGAUGCGAGGAGAAAGCAAUGAUCGCAAAACAAACUUCAACAAACAGCUUCAUUUCUUUUUGAGAUCUUAUCUAAGACGACGCAUUGUUGCGCAGAGGCAUUCCUACUAGCUAGUACACCCCCGCUUCCUUCGCCCCUCUGUAACUUCCAACAGAUUCAUCAUGCUCCGAUUUUCCGUCUGCUUGGCACUCGCCCUCGUGAGUGCUUGCCAUGGCUUUUCUCUGGACAUGUCGGCGGCUGCCAACAAGAACAAGGUUAAUGUGAUUGCGGGAGCAACCGGGUACAUUGGAAAGUCGGUGGUACGAGAAAGUGUCCGUCAAGGAUACCAAACGGUUGCCUUGGUCCGUGACAAAUCCAAAGUCGAAAAUACCCAAGGCAAAGCCUUGUAUGGAGAGUUCUUGGAUGGCGCACAAGUUGUGGAAUGCGAUGUCACUGAUCCAGAACAACUGCUCAAGACCAUGAAGGAAAUUAGCGCUUCUGCUCCCAACAAAAAACUAGAGGCCGUGGUAUCCUGCUUGGCAUCCCGUUCCGGAAUCAAAAAGGAUGCCUAUCUUAUUGACUACCAAGCCACUUUGAAUUGUUUGGAGGCCGGCAUGGAUAGUGACGUCAAUGCGCGCCAUUUCGUGCUCCUGUCGGCAUUUUGCUGCAAGAAUCCGUGGUUGCAGUUCCAACAAGCCAAGCUGAAAUUCGAAGCGGCAUUGCAGGAGCAAGAUAAAAUGACCUAUUCCAUUGUGCGACCCACUGCCUUUUUCAAAUCCGUUUCGGGACAACUGGAAGUGGUCCAGUCGGGAGCUCCCUUUGUCAUGUUUGGAGAUGGAGAAGUCACACGAUGCAAUCCCAUGGCGGAAUCAGACUUGGCAACCUAUCUGAUUGACUGCAUUACGGACAAGUCUCGAUAUGGCAAGAUCCUCAAUAUUGGUGGACCAGACGAACCAUUGACAAUGAAGAAACAAGGAGAGAUGCUCUUUGACGCCGUGGGCAAAGAACCCAACUUCUUCUUUGCCCCACUUUGGCUCUUUGAUGCCAUUAUUGAUUCCCUGCAAUUCUUGGCGGAUACCUUCAACAGCGAAAAGUUGGAAAACGCCGCCGAAACCGGCCGCAUUGGAAAGUACUAUGCCGUCGAAGACAUGUUGACCACAGAUCCAGAGGAAAAGUUUGGCACCAUCACCUUGCAAGAACACUACAAUCGCAUUGCUGUGGAAGGCCAAGAGUACGACCCAUACACAACCGUCUUUGGAGCGGCACCACCUGCCAAGGAAGAAGAAAAGGCCGCUGCCAACUAACUAACUACCGUAGCUUGGCAACAUGAUGAGAGCAACGUAGCUAACUAGCCGACGAGAUAGAAGGGUAAUGCAACCUAUUAAGGAAUCCCAGAAGAUUUGCGUUGAGCAUGCCAAAAACUGUUGUUGAAAAUUUGCCAGGUGCUGGCUGCUGGAUGAGGGAUCUUGGAAUGACACAGUACGAGAUGCCGAGUGUGCAUUGAGAACACAUAAUCCGGCGGAUCGUUGGGCUACGGUAGUCAGCUAGCUACAUAUGUAGUCGUAUCGAGGUGAACGGACUUCAAAUGACGCAAAGGCAUUCUCAUACUGUGAAGAACUCAAUGGUUUA